AUGACCACCAUUAACGACCCACGUCAUCAUCAUCCACUCCUCUCUCAUCAAUUAGAAUUGAAUACAGAGUUAUCAUAUGAAUCUUCUGGUGCUAUGGCCACAACCAAAGGUUUUGCAUGCACCUCUUCACUUGGUGAAUGUCCCUCUGCGAUGACAUUUGACAGCAAAAUUAAAAAACAAAGAAAGACAGGUUCGACUAAAGUAGAGCAAGCCAAACACAAGAAAAAGAAACGUUCUCUAAUUGAAGAAAUUGUCAAGAACACACCUUCUGCAACAACUGCCACUUGUCAUUCCCCUCACUUGUCAUCCACGUCUUGCUCACCCUUAAUCCAUUCUCCCACUCGUCGACGAUCUCCAACAAACUCAUCCCUUGUCUCUUAUCCACAACAACAAGUUUCUUCUUCCACCAUGUUUAUCGAUUGUUCCAAUUCCAUUUCACAUCAACAACAAAAGAAUUUAUGGACCUCUUCCAUGCAUGCAUCAUCAGAACAAGCAUUGUUGUGUUCUGGAAAUGCUCCUCUUGCUCUUUCAGAACACACAAGAGAUCCCCACGAUGAAGGUGGCGACAUGUGUCAAGUGAUUUUGACGAAUUGGAAAUCACGAUCAGAGACAAGACAAUGGAUUAAAAAGUGCAUUAAUGAAACGACAACAACGACGAGUGAUUCCUCCUCUCCUUUAUUGAUGAAGAAGAAACAUCAAAAGAAGAUACAACAACGAUCUGACCUCUCUCGUGCCACAAUGGAUCCAAGUGAAAGAAUCUUUCCUAAUGGCCAUCCGAUUCGAAUUAUCACUCAUUCUCCUCCAAUGACAGCCACGACAUGUACAGGAACAACAACAACUACAAGCAACUCGAGUAAUUCCUCAAAGUCCAAUUCGAGCUCGAAUCAAAAACAUGGUGUGUUGCCAACGUAUGUUUACACGACUUGUCCAUUGCCAUUUCAAAAACAAAAAGUUCAUUCAAGUCUUCAUGAAUCAGGAAGCACCAACAACCAAACGCAAAUGUUGGCAUUGCCCUCUAAAGAUUAUAUUUCGAACGAACCAUCUUCAUCAUGGAAUCAUCGCAUUGAAUCGUUUGAUUGUUUUGGAGAUAAGACUACUCUAUCAGAAAUUGUCUUUUCAAAACAAAAUUCAGUGUCCUUGGAUUUGAGGAUGACGAGGAUGGAAGAUCAAAUGCUGCCACAAGUAGCAGUACUGUCGACACCUCCUCCUCUACCACAACAUCUUGAUGCUUUGGAUGGCUCCUUUCCAUUAAUGUUGCAACAUUUCCCUCGAAAGGAAUCUUUGGAGGAUCAACAUCGACCAAUGAUGUUGCCAAGUUUCAGAGAGUUUGUUUCAACAUUGGGUUUGCAAUGA